AAGCAGGUGGCCAUCAGCUUCCGGACGCCACCGUACCGAUCGAUUGAUAUCACCGAUUCCGUGGAGGCAUACGUACAGCUCGAGCGGCCAUCGGACAACACGUACUCGGAGGCUCGUGAAUUCAAGUUCAUCCCGCUAGACACAGGUAGGCGCCGAUUUUCGUCUCUACAGCGUGAUCUUGCGAACAAUCCUAGCGACUCUCCCGAGGACCGGCUCUUCAAGCGCAUCCUCCUCGAGGGAUCGAACCGCCCGAAACCGAUCACGAACGGUGCCCCCGCGACGCGCACCGACGAGGUGAUUGUGCUCGACACUCCGAACGUGGAGGAAAAACCGUUCGCCACGGAAACGGUAUCCAGCGAUCAGAAAACGAACGAAUGGAUACAACGAAACGAGUUCAGUGUGGCACCCAACAACAACAACAACAACAUCAGUGAUGAAGCGUCAUCUGGUGACGAUAAUCGUAUGGUCAUUGGGGAUACGAAUAACAAUAUUUACCAGACGAAUUCGUUCGAUGUGCCAGACGGUGGCGUCGAUCCGUGUGCGACUGAAAUGUCCACCGAUACUGUUGCUACUGUUGCUGCUGGUGCUGCUGUUGGCGAUGUUGGUGGUGUGGUCAGUGACGAAGAUCGUACGUUGAACGAACUGCUGGAGCAAGUGGCCGAGCUGGACGAGAUAUACACCGAUCAUCAGCUGCGCCGCGAGAACAUGAUUCUGGAGCAGGAGCUGAACACGCUGGACCAAUCCAUGCCCGUCCAGCUGGGAUCGCCGGGCGGUGAGCGAAUGGACAUUGACGAAGUGUUUGAUGAUGCCGCCACAUACACCAGUCUGCAGCGGGCCUUCAAGAAUCCACUCUCCAUUACGCUCGGUCCACCGGUGCCUCCGAGACCGGAACACGCCAGACUCGAUCCCGGGGUGUACGACGCGGUAGAACCACUGCACGUUCCCACGAUUGAGGUGAGCUCCCUGAAGCGCGAGUCGCCGGAGAACGAAAAGCUACCGCCGUUGCCUCCGAAGCGUGCCAAACCGAGCGUGCAGAACAAGGAAAACACGGCGCUCGAUGCGAACGACGAGGUGCUCCUGAACACCAUCAUUCGCAAGGGCUCGAUGCGCAGCCUGGUGCCACGGCCCCAGUCCGACCAGAUCAUCAUCAUGAAAACGCCGGACAGUCCACCGACCAAGAAGCUGCCGCCGACACCGCCUGCCUCCCCGUCGAAGGCGUCCACCAGUGGGUCGGCUGGCGGGGACUUUAGUACACUGCCCAAGAAUGGCAGCAAAAAGCCGGGCUUCUUUUCGAAGCUGUUCUCGCGCAAGAAGAGCAAAUCCGAUCUGACCGCCAGCACGAGCACACUGAACCGCAAGACGCCGGGCGCCGGUCAAUCGGAAGAUUCGACACCGGUCCAUGGUGCCGGUGGUGGAAAGAAGCUACGCGAUUCGACCGGCCGCGGUUCGUUCCGGGAUGCGGUGGGCGAUAAGCGUAAACCGGGCAAACCGGUUGCCCGCAGUGUCAGCAGUGUCAGUGCUCGCAGGCCGGCGUCCGAAGCGAAUCCGGACUUUAUCUACAUCCCACUGAAGGGUGACGGUCCUGGAAGUGCCAUGCAAUCGCGUAACGGAGGUAGCGGAACGCACCUGUCCCUGCCGGGCAAUGAUUCGUACGAACGGGCCAGUACGGCUUCACUGCCACCGCUCGACCGCAAGGCGGUCAGUGCGCUGCAGCUGGAUGUGCCCAUCCAAGACGGCAACCUGGAGCUGGUGGCGAUCGCGGACGCGCGCAGCAUAAAGAAUCUCGUCGAAGGCAACUACGGUGUCCAGCUGGACCCGAGCGUCGAUCUGACGGAAGCGGAACACUUUGCCCUGUACACCUCGAUAGCUCCGAACGCGGCGCUGAGCGAGUUCGACGAAACCUCCUGCUACUAUGCUCUGGUCGAACCAAGUCCGCUGGCCUCACUCCAAACGCAGCAGCAACAGCAGCAGCAGCAGCAAUACCAAACCACCAUGAUGGCCACCAACAGUGAUGUCUGA